AAGCAUUUCUUUUUCCCUCUUUCCAAAAGAUGUCUCUGAUUAGUGUAACGCGUAAGCUCUACUACUACUGCUCAACGCUGGGCUUCUAAAAGGCGCAUCAGCAGCAGCAGGAGGGGGUUAGCAGCUUGGUCCUCAUCGGUGCUCGGUGUCAGGGGAGAUAGAUCCAUGGAGCCUAAGGAGGCGACCAAAGGGGAAGCGGUGGCGCCGGCGGCCGGAGCCGCCGCAGUUGAUGUCGGUGGCGCAGGAGCAAAGAAUGGACCUCCAGUGCCGGUCGACAAUGCCGCAGCUGCCCCGGCUGACAGAGAUGCCGUUCUUGCAAAGGUGGAGAUGGGCAGGAAGCUGUCGAUGGUCAGGGCUUGGGAGGAGAGCGAGAAGAGCAAAGCUGAGAACAAGGCUCAGAAGAAGAUGUCAUCCAUCAUGUCCUGGGAGAACACAAAGAAGGCUGCUGUGGAAGCAAAGCUUCGAACCCGAGAGGAGACGCUGGAAAAGAAGAAGGCGGAGUACGCAGAGAAGAUGAGGAACCAGAUUGCAGCCAUCCACAAGGAGGCUGAAGAGAAGCGCGCGUCGGUGGAGGCCAAGCGACACGAGGAAAUCCUCAAGUACGAGGACAUGGCAGCCAAGCACCGAUCCAAAGGGACCACCCCGGCAAAGAAAUUCCUGGGCUGUUUCUAGCUGGUGACUGGUGAGGAAGGAACGCAAGAUACCGUACAGUUCAGUCGUGUUCUUGUAGCUUCUGAAAGGGACUCAAGUGUGAGGUCCUGAAUCAAUUUGAGCUUCGCAGCAGCUUCUUUGCUUUGGAGGUUCACUCUUCGGUUCUGCUCGGAGUGGCAUGAGCAGGACAGAACACGUACGGUGGCCAGUUCAUCAGUUGCGGUUUUGGCUUGUUUUCGUGUAUAACUACUGUAUAUGUUUUCGUCAUCUUGGCUAUUGUUCUGCUGUGUGUGUGUAUUGUUUGCUGAUAAUGUGCGUGCUUGUGGCUC